AUGGAGGGCGUGUUGACGUCAGCCGUCAAAAGUGACUGCACAAGGGAAACUAAAGUCACAUCAGUUUCUGGAUCUCAGAAAGCAGGUCAGUGCGGGCAGAGCAGAAAGCACAUAAGGGAGUUGAUGAAAAUGGCAAUUGACAAAUACUUGAUCAUUGUCCUGUUUUUCAUUUGCAACUUGGCUGUGGCGUUCACGGACACCCCUGCGGCUUGCUACAGGCUUGAGCCACAGACAGUGGUGGGCAUCAUCUUUGCAGAUGUGUUGCUAACCCUCAUCAUCGUCGUUAUCACUUAUCACUGUGGCAGCUUUCGGCGUCAGAAGACAGAAAAUGCUCACAAAGUGUACAUGAAUGUGCGCGCCAACUGCAAGAGAUAACAGGUGUAUUGCAAAUACAAUAUGAGACAUGUUUAUUUCCUGUAUUGUUGAGAGUAAAGUGUCUUUUUCAAAGUGUCUUCAAUAAUAGUGACUUGAUCUAUUGCAGAACUGCACUGGAGCCACAACUGUCUUCCUGUUUAAACGGCAUGCACAGGCUAUAAACUGUGUGAUAAUAUUUUGUACUGAGUCACAAGUGCUGAUUUUAUGGUUGUGAUAAACCAAAUGAUCACUUUUCUGAGUACCACGAAUCAUCACAGUGCUAAAUGAUCUUUGAUGCCUCACUGUUUGAUACUUACUGAGUUUUUUUUUAUUCUUUUGUUAGUUUACUUUAUUUUUUCUGUUUUGUCUUGGCUAACUGACAAUGUAUUGUACAUUUUUGUCUUCAAGAACCCCCUCGAAGCCCAGAUGCUACAUCUCAAGGAUUUAUUCCUAGUAAACGUUUAGCACCAAGGUUCAGUCCCUGUAGUGGCUCACAGACCACAGAAUCCACAUUGUAACAAAUAAAUAAAUAAAUACAUUCUAACAAAA